GGAUUGUAUGAGAAACGUGAGAAUCAUCUAAUCAAAGCAGAAAUAAGAAUUUCCAUUCUCUCAUCUCCUAUCAGAUUGAUCCUCCUUUACCAAUCCCCCAAAAUUCAAUUCUUCCACCAAACCCCCCCAAUUGUGUCAUCCCACCACCCUAUAGGUCCCCGUAAACUUUUCUACCACCUGUCAAUAUCCAGCUGUCGCUAUCUGCUAUCUAUCUCUCAACCAGCAUCACCUUUCUACUUCACCAUUCCAGUAUCACUUCCAUUCUGCAAUUGAGCUCACCACAACCAACCAGUAGCACAAUGGCCAAAGUACUCUUUUCCCUCUUCUCAUUUCUCUUCCUGAUCAUAGGCGUAUCCGCACAAUUUCAAUUCUUCGAACAGAUGUUCAACGGUCAACAGCAGCAACAUCAACGUCAACCACAAGACGUCCCUAGCGAUUCGCAAUGGUAUCAAGAUAAUUACGAUCGAGCGCACUGUACGUCCUACCUCUGCCCAGGAACCCUCUCCUGCGUCGCCUUCCCACACCACUGUCCCUGCGCGCACCCAACCUACGAGGAAAAAUUCGAGCUCGCAGACGGAAACGCAAUCUGCAUAUCGAAAGGAGGAUUUAAAGCCGGAGAGGCAGCGAGGAAGGUGGAGUUGGCUAGGAAGGGGUUGAUUUGAUUUUAUCUGAUUUGAUUUGGUUUUGGAGGGAAGAGGAUGAGGGAUUGACGUUAUAUUACUUUUACUUCUGAGUUUUUGCAUGGGGUUGGUUAUGUUGGAGGUGGGAGAUGCGGAGGGGAGGGGAUGGAGUAGGAUGGGAUAUCGAAGAUUGGCAAGCAAGCAAUGGAGUUGGUUCAUUUUGGGGAUUAUUUGGAGUGUGCAAGUGUGCAAGUGUGCAAUUGUGUAAGAUGAGAGAUGUGAGAUAGAUGAGGGGAGGGGUAUGAAGAUAGCUGUGGGAAUGAGAACGAGCUGUGGGUUCACGUGUACAACAUUGUACUGCAUUACCAUUCAUGGAAAAGUCCGUGGAUUUUAGGAGGCUGAGGGAGGGUUUCCAACCUACCAUCUGCAGAGGAAAAGUUUACUUCACAGUUCAUGCAUUACAAUGCUUGUUCGCAUGGUAGUCAAGUAUUAGCGUCACACGGGAUCAUCGAUUACGACAGGCAUAGUAUGAUAUUUAUCUAGCCCAUCUCGCGUAGAAAGCAGUCCUGCAAAAUAUAUUACAAUAACAAAAUAUUGUAGCCA